CUCAUUCACACUACACAACACUGCACUGACUGAACCGAAAAAAACAGAUUUUGCAAUCCGCAGAAAAGAAUUAUUAAUAGUAUUUUUAUGCGGAUGGCCAGCGUGCUGAGGACCUAGGAUGGGCUACGAUGUGAAUCGCUUUCAGGGGGAGGUGGACGAGGAGCUUACUUGCCCCAUCUGCUCCGGAGUGCUGGAAGAUCCGCUGCAGGCCGUGAUGUGCGAGCACGCCUUCUGCCGCGGAUGCAUUAACGAGUGGCUAACCCGCCAGCCCACUUGUCCGGUGGAUCGCAAUGCCCUGACCACUGCCAACUUGCGGGCAGUGCCUCGCAUAUUGCGCAACCUACUGUCCAGACUGUCAAUUACCUGUGACAAUGCGCCUUAUGGCUGCACGGCUGUUCUCAAGCUAGACGCCUACAAUUCCCAUCUGGAAGAAUGCAUUCACAACCCGAAGCGACCAUUCCCCUGCGAGAAGGGUUGCGGCUUUGACAUACCCAAGGAUGAGCUAAAGGACCACAACUGCGUGCGGGAGCUGCGCACUUUAAUUGUCAAGCAGACGGAAAAGAUGGGUGAGCUCAAAUCGGAGCUCACCGACCAGCAGCUGACUAUCAACGAACUGAAGCGCGAGCUUCAGCUAUUCAAGGACUUUAUGCGUGCCAUGCGCGUCUCCAAUCCUGCGAUGCGGGCCAUAGCCGACCAGAUGGAGCGCGACGAGGUGAUCCGCUGGAGCAGCACACUGCCCCGGGCCAGGGUUACGCGCUGGGGGGGAAUGAUCUCUACGCCCGACGAUGCACUGCAGCUCAUGAUCAAGCGCGCUUUGUCCGAGUCGGGCUGUCCGCCACACAUCCUGGAUAGUCUUAUGGAGUUCUGCCACGAGCGACGUUGGCCCCGUGGACUCAGUUCGCUGGAGACACGUCAAACCAAUCGUAGGAUAUACGACAACUAUGUGUGUCGACGCAUUCCAGGCAAGCAAGCUGUGCUCGUUUUGAGCUGCGACAACCUCCACAUGACUGAGGACGUCAUGAUCGAUCCAGGUUUGGUCAUGAUCUUCGCCCACGGCAUCGAGUAGGCCCUCAGCCGCUGAUUAACCACUUAUCCUAGGUUAAAUGCUAACUAUAUCGAACAGUGCUCAGUUUUGUUGAUUCCUUAACGUAAGAGUAAGAUUUAAAAACAAUAUUGUAAGGAAAAACUCGCAAAACAAACCAUUCAAGCGCCUCAUGACGACUUUCAAGUUGUACAAAAAAUAUAUAUUACUUUCGGUUCAUUGUGUUUUAUCCAUUUAGUUAGUACGCAAAUUCGUAUACAUCAUUAAUUCGUUCGCAUAUUACAUGUUUGAUUAAGCGAUCUCAACAAAUGCCCCUUUGUUAUCGUUCACUUCAUUCUCAUUUUGAUGGAAGGCAGCUGUGAAUGUCCUGAUUCGCGUUUAAAUUCGUAUUGCACAACUUACUUAAAUUUCUGAAAUAUUUGUCAAUACUUUUAGAUUAAAUGUGAAACAAGUAAUAAACACUUUAUUUAACUAA